CUGAAAAUAUGUUGAGUUUUUGAGUUGCUUGUGAUACGUGCACCUUUGAGAGCAAUCAUUACAUGGUAAACCUGGUAAACUUGCUGCAACUAAAACUCGUGGACAAUCAACUGGUCAGCAUAUUGAGAAUAGAAACAACUUGUACAAAAAGAGAGUGCAUAAUAUCAAGUUAUUUGUGAAGUAACAAGCCUACCGUAACACACCUUUUUCCCACAGCGUUUUCCAAAGGUUUGGUUUAUUYAUAAAGAGCAUAAAUGGAAUUUCUACAUCCAAGCGCAAUUAUCUUAAUGUUUUGUAUGUUUGAAGGAGUAGCUAGCACUGCACCAGAAAGUACUCAACUGUCUAGUAAUAGAAGCUCCAAUACCUUCCAACAAGGCGAUGUGGUGGCACUCAACUGCAGUUCAAUUGCCAACCCUGCCCAGUGUCAAGUCUUGUUUUAUCAAGGCAGUACGUUAUUGGCCAACGUCUCCAGUAACACUUGUUCUGCUACCCACGUAAUAACCAGCAUCCAAGGCUGCAAUCAUGAGACUCUUUCAUGCAUGGCAAGCAAUGCUGAUGGAGAUGGCCCAAAGAUUAACCUUACGGUAUAUGUUCAAGUGAAACCAAGAAUCCUGGUCAAUAGCAAAGCUGAUAACGACAUUACCGCCACUGAAGGCUCGAGCUUCGAUCUCACGUGCUCUGCAACAGGUUGUCCGACACCAAACGUUACUAAAUGGACAAAACAAGGUCAAACCCUAACAACAGGGCAAAACUCGACAUUAAAGCAUUCUUUUGCAACACUAAGUAGAAAUGAUUCUGGACAAUAUACUUGCACCGCUGACAAUGGAUUUGCGGGCGGCCCUUUCAAUAAAACGAUCACCCUUGAUGUACAAUACAAGCCCGAGCAAGCAAACAUUUCACUCAACAAAACAGCCGCUAUCUUCAACAAAGGCGACGUUGUCAAAGUGACGUGUCAAGCUCAAGCCCACCCUUCACGAUGCACCAUAUUUCUUUAUAGAGGAACCACUCUUCUUGAGAGCGCUAUAUCAGACAGCUGCACCCAUAUUUACGUGUUUCAAUUUGAAAGUUGCAGUCAGGAAAGUUUCAGGUGUUAUGCACGUAAUUCAGCUGGACAGGGACCCUGGGUAUCGCUCCAAAUAACGGCCCAAGCAAGUCCAGAAGUCUCUAUACUGGUCAACAGCGUUGCUAGCAAGAGGGUGGAUAUCGAAGAAGGCCAAGGUUUAACAAUUCAGUGUAAAGCGAAAGGUUGUCCUACACCGUCCAUGCAAUGGAGAAAAGGAGGCAUUGUGACCGAUAGUGGUUCUAGCAAUACACUGAUUCAUCAAUUCACUGGYGGUCUAAAGAAAGAAGACAUCGGCUCAUACACCUGUACGGCUGAAAACAUUCUUGGGCGCGCUUCCCCCAAAUCAAUUUUCGUUAACGUUACUUACAAACCAACUAUUACAUUAUCGACACUUUCCGUGACGCUGACCACGAACCAGAGACUUAACUUAACCUGUAAAGUUGAAGCUAAUCCUCCAGCAGUUCAAGUUGAAUGGACGAGGAAUGACACCAUUAUUGCUAGAAAAGAACAUUUGGUGUUAAAUGCGAGUGAUAGUCUGUCUGGGGAAUAUAAAUGCGUCGCCAGAAACUCGAUUGGAAUGUCAUCAAAGAAGACGGUAGUGAAGGCGGAAGCAUGUGCUAACCACAAGUGUCUUGGCAAGUCAACAUGCGUUAGGUCUAGAGGAACAACAUAUCAGUGUAACUGUAAUGAUGGCUUUAUUGGACAAUUCUGCGGCACUAAAGAUCCCAUUAGUGAAAAMUUUAGAGUUAUAAUAACGCUCACCUCAACUCCAUGGAGAAGUGAUUAUAGCAAUCCAUCAAGUAACGCCUUCAAAUCUCUGGAAAACAGAAUUUGUUCUGAGUUUCGAACAGUUUUCAAACGAUUUCAACUAUUUAUCCUGAGCUGUAAGGUUCUGUCUUUAAGAAAUGGAAGCGUCAUCUCUGAAGUGGAAUUGACGUUUAACGAAACUAAAUAUCAGAGCGAUGUCGUCAAAAGUCUACGUAACGCGACUAGCAAUAACACAUUAGGCAGCUUGGAAGUAUCAUCAACUGUGAACACCUUUGUCGUCUUGAAUCCUUGUAAAAUUCACCAAUGCAAAAACGAAGGAAAAUGCAUAUCGAUUGACGACGAUAGAGCAUACAAAUGCGAGUGUAAACAAUUCAGAACUGGGAGGUACUGCGAAAAUGGUAUUAGUUUUACAGCUGGUAUCGUUCUGAUCGUUCUUGCCUGCCUCGUAGUCCUAAUUAUCAUAAUCGCUAUCAUUAUUUACUGUUAUCGUCGAAUGGGAACCCACGCUUCGUUUCAAAAAGAACAAAAGCCUGUGGAAACAGAAUUGAAAUCAGUCCGAAGACGAGGGUCAGAAUAUCCAAAGGGAAUAAGCAAUGAGAGUUAUAUGGUAGUUGAGGACAACGAACGUUCAGGUAGCUACAACAUAGCGAAAGCUGCUGCGAGAAAUGGCGCCUUUGAGAAGAAAGGAGGAAACACUGUCCCUAGAGUCACUGUGAACGAAAAACCAGUAGACGUCUUUGAGGAUGAAGGUCCAAAGAAUACAAGCAAGAAUGCUAAGAUUUCGAAUGAUAGAGUCAGAUUUGAAGAAGCUGAAARGGCGAACUCUGCUCUCGAUGCUUCUUCUACUAAAGGUAUUGUGAAAGCAGAUGACGAUGUGAACACCGAAGUGGAAGAUUCUACAAGUACAAAUGGAGUAGCUGGAGAAGAAGUUGCAGUCAAAGAUGAGAAAACAAAACAAGAGACUGAGACUAAAGAUAUGGAUAGCAAUCUUGGAGAAGCAUUAUGGCAACAAUGCGAAGGAUAAAACUUGUAAUGUUGAAUCAGAUGAAGAAAAGAAAAUUGAUGAUAAAAACACCGAAGAGAAAGACCAGGACGKGAAUGAAAAAGAUGAGCUACUGAAAAGUGACGGAAAAUCUGGAACUGAGGAUGAAGAAUAAUUAGAUUUGUCAAUAAUUGAAGGCGAAAAACUGUUUUACUUAACUAGAAAUUAGCAAGAAAUAAUUUUGCAUCAAUGGAACGAUUUAAAAUUUCUCAAAGUCGGCACGUAUCCUGUGUUUUUCAAGAAAAGUGAAAUUCUGUAACGUUGAGUAUGUUUACAGAGAAGUYGAAUAGCAGUCGUAAAUACCAAGAACAUAAACACUUUGAGAAAGUCAAGGAAGCAACCUCCAGUUGCAUGUCUGGAUUGAGAAUGAUACUGGAAAAUCUAACAGUCAAAUUUUUAAUUUUAUAAUCAAAUAUUUACAGUUGAAUAACGGGAAUAUUUCACAAGUCCUUAGUUAGAAAAUAAUGAAAGAAGUAGCAUUUUAAACUUAAAAUUUUAAAGUAGUUUAUGUUAAAACUGGCGAGAAACUGUCUGACAAAUACACCUGCAUGCAUCUGUUUUCAAAUACUAUACACACACCUUGUUUUACACUUAUUUACAAAUAUUCAUCAAUGUAAAAAUUGUGGUUUAUAUAGAAUCGAUUUACUGUGACUGAUAUGUUCUCCAAUAAUACGGUCGCCAUCUUGUCUCCUGGCCAUCUGCGUGAUUGUUUGGCUUCUGGACAGGAGACUUGUUACCAUCUUGAAAUAUCAUGUAGAGUUGUACAGAAAAUGUUUAAUGUUUAAAUAUUGCUUUAAAAGAUCCAUCUUUUAUCUUCCUGUAUAACGUGAUUUUUUGUAAACAGUGAAAAAACAAACGACCAAAAACAAGAACAACAWAAAUUGGAAUCAAGAUGGCGACCGUAYUGGAAAUUUCAGUUCGAAAGUUAAACGUCGUCAACUACUUCGCAAUACGAAGCGCAUUUAAUUCGACAUUUAACAUAGAUCAGUAACACUGAUGAUUGAUAAAUCGGUCGAGCAAAUCUAAAAUAAAGACACUUUGACGUA